AUGGAGGUGCAGGCGGUGGGGGAAUAUGGCAGAAGCACCUGCAUUCUGUGUAAAAACUGUUCCAUGAUUUUCCAUCUGAUUAUCGACUGUAGGUUGCUGACCCUUGUUUUGACCAUGAUUCAUUCUUUCCUUUUUUUUUUUAAAUCUACAGUAAAAGCUGUACUUCUUCCUGUGUGCCAGGAAGUGAUAAUGCCUUUUAAAAUUGACAGCAGUUUUAAAAACCUCAAGGACCAUUUUUCAAACAUAUUGCAUGUGCCAUCUGAUGUACUACAGUUAAGAUGUGCAGGAAAUAUUCUUAAAAAUUAUGAGACUCUACUAAAAUAUGGAGUUAAGCCGCAGGAUAUUGUACAAGUGGAUAUCUAUUCCACACUUCCAGAUCUGUAUCCAAUCAAAAGAUUACACAGAUUAAGUGCCUCUCAAAUCAUAAUUGUCAAAGUACAAACUGCCAUUGAUCAGUACCAGCAUGUAGCUGUUGAGAUGAUAAAAACUGACUUUCACAAACCAUUUCUUGGUGGAUUCAGACAUAAACUAACGGGAAUAGAAUAUCACAAUGCUGGAACACAAACUGUACCUAAAAAGAUUCCUGAAAAAGACAAUAUAUUUUGUAGGGAUACCCAGACAGUUUUUCUGAGAAAAAAGCUCCAACAAACUACAAAUACAACAUCCACACAGAUGACUAAAAUUGGUGUGUAUGUAUCAAAUAUGACUGAUAAACUGAUAACACCAGGAAAAUAUUUUACAGCAGAAGAAUACCAUGCUCAAAGAUUAAAUGCGGAAUUCCCAGAUCUUUUCUGGCGACAGGAACAACUGGAAUACAUUAACCGGACUUUCUGUGGCGCUGAGAGGAAAGUUGCUUUGUGCGAACUUCUGGAAAAAGAGACCCAGAUCAUUGCUUCCAUUGGGAGGUACAGACACAUCGCUUACUUGGCCAACCAGGAAGCCAUCAUACAAACUUUUCUGAAUAAGUGUUCAGCUCCGAAGACAUGGAGAAGAGCUGAUGGCAAAAUAAUUGAGAUGGAAACACAGUUCAUUAUCAGAGCCAGAGAGCUUCAAAACAUCUAUAAAUGUAUUAUGCUGAAAAAUCUCUCCCAAGAUGAGAGGCUGGACGUACUCUUAACACUUAAACAUACUGUGAAGGAACAUGAAUGUAAACUGACUCAGGAAAUUCUAGAACUGAUUGACAGAGAGGUUGACCUUAUGAUGAGAGGAGUCAAAAAUGAUAACCUUGAAGGACUCAGAAAAAGAAUUGCAACAUUGUUUUUUCAUUACAUCAAAACACCUUUGUUUAAUGCAGAAGUUGCAAGACACCUUAAGGUCCCUCCAGACCCACUGAAAUUUUAUAAGAAGAUUUACUUUUGCUACAGUUGCCAGCUCUACUUACCGUCUACGGAGUUCGCUAUCUCAUCCACUGCACACCGCAUAUACCGGUGUCGUAACUGUAUUAGCCUUGACAAUGAGACUCGAAAACGGGAAUCAUUUUUGAAGUACAAAUAUUUACUUAAGCGGCUCUACUAUUCAGAAGUUAAUUAUGAAGAUGAUUCUAAAAUAGCUUUCCUGAUACAGCUGCAAGAUAUUCAGUACCUGGUGGAGAACAUCUGGGCGACCCAGUCCGCACUCAGCGCCUGGAAUGACCUCAACGACCUGGUCCUCGUCCGGUGGGACAAGGCCGUGGAGUGGUCCCCCUGGAACUGCAUUCUCCUCACCAAGGAUGAAGCUGCUGCUCAUCUCAAGCUCACAAGUAUUGAAGUGGGAUAUGAUCCCUUGUUCAUUCACAAGAUCAAACACAAGCAUAUCCUGGCUAAGAACUACUUUUCGCAGAUUCCAGUCCUGGCUUCAUUUAUAGUUGAUGAUCCUGAAAUAGGUGCAAUCAGACAGAAAUAUCAGGAAGACACAAGCCCUAAGAUUAUAGAGCCCCAGCUGCCCAGUCCUUAGAAGACCCAGGAGUACUUGUUUGAUGAUCAGCAUUUUGUCCACUGCAAAUAGAAUAAUACAGAGGUCACACCGUAUGAAAUAGAAUUUGUUAAAUUGGUUUUAAUUGUUUUUCAAAUAAAAGUAUAUUGAAAUGUAAAA